AAAACUUCACAUUCACAGUCGGGCAACAAACUUUUGGAGAAGUCAGUUCAGUUGCGGGUCGGAAACCGACCCGGGGUCGGGCAGAAGGCAGCAGCCAUUCUUCACUGAAAGUCACUUUAUUUUCUUUCUUUCUGGGUUGAAAAUUGAAUUGCAUAAGUUACAAUGUCCAGCUCUUCGCCAACACGUCAGCCUCAGACAUUCGGAUUGCCCUGGCCCGAUCUCAACCACGGCUUGCUCUACAACGACGUCGUUCGAGCUUCCGAUUCUGAACUGACACUGAUCGAGUUCUACUCGAGCAAGUAUAAGAACUCAGCUCCUCUACAAGGUUGGUUGCAGAGAAUUCGGAACGGACAGAUUACAGUUGAUGGCGAAGUUGUUAGAGAUCCCAGUACGAUCCUCAGGGUCGGUUCGGAAUUGGUCUAUCAUAGGCUUCCGUGGAGAGAGCCUGAUGCGCCAUACUUGCUGGAGGUUCUAUAUGAGGAUGAUGAUAUGAUUGCUCUAAAUAAGCCUUCUGGCCUGCAAGUUUUACCUGGAGGUCUUUUCCAGCAACGGACAGUUCUCACACAGCUCCUGUGGCGGGCAACAAAUAAGAUCUCUCCCUUAUCGUGCCAAGAACCACAUCCUGUUCCUGUUCAUCGCUUAGGAAGGGGCACUUCAGGAAUAUUACUCUGUGCAAAGACGAAGCAUGCCAAAACUCAACUUGCAGCAUACUUUGCUGACGGGACAUCUAAUAUUGGAGAUGACAGUAAUACCUCCAUGGAGGUACGUGCACUGAGGAAAAUCUCAAAAAUAUAUCGGGCACUAGUGACUGGGAUACUUUGUGAGGAUAAGGUAAUUGUCAAACAGCCAAUUGGAGUGGUGCGAUAUCCUGGUGUGGCUAAAGGGCUGUAUGUUGCUUCUCCCACAGGAAAACCAGCUCUGAGUAAAGUUGAAGUUCUUGAGAGAGAGAUUCAUAAAAACCAAACACUGGUCCAGGUUGAGAUUCAGUCAGGAAGGCCACACCAAAUUCGUAUCCAUCUUUCUUACAUAGGACAUCCUUUGUUAGGGGAUCCUCUUUAUGUUCUUGGUGGACAACCAAAGUGCUUAGAUUCUGACUUUGUAGAUGAGAGUUUUGCAGAUGAUGGAGGGUUCCUGAGGCCUACAAAGCCUGUUCCAGGAGAUUGUGGCUACAACUUGCAUGCUCAUCAAGUGAUUCUCUCUCACCCAUCAUCCAAUGAGGAAAUCAAAGUUACCGCACCACUUCCGGCCAUUCUCCGAACUCAGCAAGAAACCGAAGAACUUACUAGUUAGCACUACUACCAAUUCCAAGAAUGCUGCAGAUGGAGAGUGCUCAUUCAACAGGCUCCUCGAAGACUUGGAAGCUUAGACGCAUACAUUCCCUUGUAUUUGCCUAGAGUUGAGUUUUCCCUUAGAGAACUAUGCCAAAGCAAAUUUUGAGUUUUUUUAUACUAAAAAGAGAGGAGUUUUACGAAA